AUGGCCACCACCGCGCAGUACUUGCCGCGGGGCCCCGGCGGCGGAGCCGGGGGCACAGGACCGCUUAUGCACCCGGAUGCCGCGGCAGCAGCGGCAGCGGCCGCGGCCGCCGAGCGGUUGCACGCGGGGGCCGCGUACCGCGAAGUGCAGAAGCUGAUGCACCACGAGUGGCUGGGCGCGGGCGCGGGCCACCCAGUGGGCCUAGCGCACCCCCAGUGGUUACCCACGGGAGGAGGCGGCGGCGGGGACUGGGCCGGCGGCCCGCACCUGGAACACGGCAAGGCGGGAGGCGGCGGCACCGGCCGAGCCGACGACGGUGGCGGAGGCGGCGGUUUCCACGCGCGCCUGGUGCACCAGGGGGCGGCCCACGCGGGCGCGGCAUGGGCGCAGGGCGGCACGGCACAUCACUUGGGCCCCGCCAUGUCUCCGUCGCCAGGGGCCGGCGGGGGCCACCAGCCCCAACCGCUGGGGCUGUACGCGCAGGCGGCCUACCCCGGGGGCGGCGGCGGCGGCCUGGCCGGGAUGCUGGCGGCGGGCGGUGGCGGUGCGGGGCCGGGCCUGCACCACGCGCUGCACGAGGACGGCCACGAGGCGCAGCUGGAGCCGUCGCCUCCGCCGCACCUGGGCGCCCACGGACACGCACACGGACAUGCACACGCUGGCGGCCUGCACGCGGCGGCGGCGCACCUGCACCCGGGGGCGGGCGGCGGUGGCUCGUCGGUGGGCGAGCACUCGGACGAGGACGCGCCCAGCUCGGACGACCUGGAGCAGUUCGCCAAGCAGUUCAAGCAGCGGCGCAUCAAGCUGGGCUUCACGCAGGCCGACGUGGGGCUGGCGCUGGGCACGCUGUACGGUAACGUGUUCUCGCAGACCACCAUCUGCCGCUUCGAGGCCCUGCAGCUGAGCUUCAAGAACAUGUGCAAGCUCAAGCCGCUGCUCAACAAGUGGCUGGAGGAGACCGACUCGUCCAGCGGCAGCCCCACCAACCUGGACAAGAUCGCGGCGCAGGGCCGCAAGCGCAAGAAGCGCACGUCCAUCGAGGUGGGGGUCAAAGGCGCGCUCGAGAGUCACUUUCUCAAGUGCCCCAAGCCCUCGGCGCACGAGAUCACAGGCUUGGCCGACAGCCUACAGCUGGAGAAAGAGGUGGUGCGGGUCUGGUUCUGCAACCGGCGGCAGAAGGAGAAGCGCAUGACCCCGGCUGCCGGCGCCGGCCACCCGCCCAUGGACGACGUUUACGCCCCCGGCGAGCUGGGGCCCGGCGGGGGCAGCGCGUCGCCGCCCUCGGCGCCCCCGCCGCCCCCGCCGGCCGCUCUGCACCACCACCACCACCACACACUGCCGGGCUCCGUGCAGUGA